AUGAUCGAUCAAUGCAUCCUUGGAUGGCUCUACAACUCCAUCUCCAAAGAUGUCCGCGCUAUCGUGCGCACCGAGAAGGCGUCCGUGUACACCAUCUGGAACAAGAUCCAUGAACAGUUCCGCGACAACGAACUCCAUCGCGCGGUGUACCUUGAAGUGCAGUUCCGCACACUCAUGCAAGGCGACAUGGACAUCGCAACCUACACCGGCAAGCUCAAGUGCCUCGUGGACGCCCUGCGCGACGUCGUGCUUAACAUGCUUCGUGGUCUUUCCCCCAAAUAUCGCCACGCUGUACCAGUGAUCACCGCCAAGCAGCCUCCCCAUAACUUCUUCUCUGCCCGUUCUUAUUUGUUAUUGGAGGAGAAGUACGAUGCCGAACAUGACAAGGCCUCUGUGCAACACGCUCUCAUGGCCUCUGGUGCCUCCGGAUCGUGGGAAUCGGAACCAGCGACACUCAGGCGAGUGCAUCGCGCCCACCUGCUUCAAACAUGGGUGACGGCGCAUCCGUGA